AUGGGCCCCGUUGGGACUGUGAAGAUCAUGUGGCCUCGCCCAGGUGAUGAGGAGUAUGGCCCUCCAGGGUUCCGCCGUACAAAGACAGGCCUCACAGGCUUUGUCGCGUUCAUGAAGCGGUCUGAUGCGGAAAAGGCUCUUCGCGAGUAUGACGGGUACGAGUUUGGUGGAAGCACACUGCGAGUGAGCUGGAGUAAACCAGUCUCAAUUCCUCAUAAAGCAGCUUUUGAGCAUUUUGCCGAACAGCUGCGGGCACACUCUCCGUCGCGUCGCCGAGCGAGGAGUCCCAAUGCUCGGAGUACAUCACCAGCAACCAAAAAGCGUCGCUCGGUGUCUCCAGAUGGCCACCAACACUCACGAGUGCGCCAGUACUGGGUCGAGUCUGUACCUUCGAAACAGUCCCAGUUUCUGCAGGCCGUCGCUGAGCGCAUCAAAAGCCAUGGGGAGGGCUUCAAGUCGAUGCUGAUGCAACGGGAAAUUGAUAACCCCCAGUUCGCCUUCCUCUUCGACGAUCAGGCAAAAUACCACGUCUUUCGACACUACCAGGAUCCCCGAUAUCGCUUUCCAGCGGCUCCUGUCCAGGAGUUCGACGAUGAGGGUUACGCAUCCAUCUAUUCUUCCGACUCUGCAGAGGAGUUGGAGCAAGAGGACGAACUUAAUACUGUGCUUGGCGCUCUUGCCCACCGUCGCUUCGGGGCCAUCCUUCGAGGCAUGAGCGGUAAACGUGUCGAGAUUGCACGAGCCAUGGAAUUUGCAGUCAAGAGGGCGGAGGCCGCUGAAGAGGUAGUCGACAUGGUCAUCCAAAGCCUUUGUAUCGACAGCACCCCAAUCCCGCGCAAGAUAGCCCGAUUACAUCUCAUCUCUGACAUUUUGCACAACUCUGCCUCGCCUCUGCCAAAUGUUUGGAGGUACAGACAGGCGUUUGAGAAACGCCUUCCCGCAGUCUUCGCCCAUUUUGCCGACGUUUACGACCGCUUGCUCGUAUAUUCUGGGACGAUAUCCGCUGAUGUGUUCCGCCAACAAGUGGACGCCGUAUUGGCUAUCUGGGAGCGAUGGAUCGUGUUCACCGCGGAUGUGCACGAGAGCUUAAAAUCGCUCCUCCACGGCCUGAUCACCCUGGAAACACUCAAUAAGCCACUGGAGCCGGCGUUCAUCGAAGAGCCAAUCGUUCAGUCUACUUUCAGGUCCGCAGGCUUCAAGUCGUCAUUCAAACGAGUCGGAGGAUGCACUGAGUCCGUGUCUACAGCUCCUCCGUUCGUUCCGACCGCCUCACAACAAAACGACGGCGUCAAUAGCGAGCCCGUUACAAAUGCUGACGGCGAGCCAAUGAGCGACGCCCAAGAGGCGGAGGAGGAAGAGGACCUGGACGGGGAUGCGAUGGACGAUGAUGGAGACGGAGAGGAGCUGGACGGCCAUGACGUUGAUGGGGAGGCCAUGUAA